AUGACGACGACAUCCUCGCCGAUGCCCUACUAUGCCAGCCACAUAGCUCGGCAAGAGCGAGCAAUCGACAUGGAGAUACCCGACUCGGGCAUCGACGCGCGCCACUGCGUUCGCAUGGUCGAGGACUACCACUUGCUGGACUUCUCCGAGCGCUUGAACACAAGCUCUUACGUGAAUGUCGUCUUUGAGCCUGAAGAGGAGCGGGUCGCGAUGAUGGGACUGAAGGUGAACUUGGCCGACCAGACGGUCUAUCCGGAAUCCUUCCGGAUGCACAACGACACGCUGAACAUGAUUGCGAAGCUGUGGCAUUGCCCCGUGCCGGACGAUUUCGACAGCUACGGCUGCUACGCCGGCGCAGGCACCGUGGGUUCCACGGAGGCGUGCCUUUUGGCGGGCCUGGCUUUGAAAUUCCGUUGGCGCAAAUGGUAUGCGAAGAAGAAGGGCAUGGCCGAGCACGAGGUGCGGGGGGUGUACCCCAACCUGGUUAUCUCCACCAUGUUCCAGGCCGCCUGGGAGAAACUGUUCAAGUACAUGGACAUCGAGCCGCGCUUCAUCGCCCCGAGCUACAAGACCUUCACUCUGGACCCGAACAAGAUUGGCGAUCACAUUGACGAUCAAACGAUCGGCGUUGUUUGCAUCAUGGGGAACCACUACGGCGGCCAGUACGACCCUGUGUGGGCGAUGAGCCAGAAGUUGGAUGAGAUCAACAAAGCGAAGGGCCUGGAGGUUGGCAUCCAUGUGGAUGCUGCAUCCGGCGGAUUUAUCGCCCCUUUCCAGGAAGGCCUGCCGCCAUGGGAUUUCCGGCUGCCUAAUGUGCUGUCGAUCUCGGCAAGCGGCCACAAGUUUGGGAACUCCUGCUGCGGCACAGGUUGGGUCGUCUGGCGCCAACGCAAGGGCCUCUCCGAGAAUGUUGCCAUCAACGUGUCCUACCUGGGAGGAAGCGCUGACUCCUACACGCUCAACUUCUCGCGACCCGCACAGGGCAUCUACGUGCAGUUCUACAAGCUGCUGAGACUUGGAAAGGAGGGCUACGCGGAGCAGGUCCGGAACCAGAUGUCUGUCGCGACGUUCCUCCGCGAAGGACUCAAGUCCAUCAAGGUCGACGGAAAGUCGAUCUUCACCAUCCUCGACGCUGUCGGCAUGAGCGAGCAGAAGCUGUGCUUGCCGGUCGUCACGGCCAUGAUCAACCCCGACCUCGGCUUGCCAUUUGACGACAUCGACCUCCAGCACAUCAUUGCCCAGGGGUGCGAAGUUGGCAUUGCUCACUAG